AAAACCACGACAAUUCGAGGCUGGUGCGAGCUGUCAAACGUGACGUUCAGCAGAAUUCAGUGGUGUCAUGUUUUUCGAUUGCCAAUUUGCAUCGUCUUCAGUGUGUAAUUCGGUAAAAAGAACGGGCUUGCCCGUGUGGAAAAAGCAGUGAACUGAACAUUAGCACCGACGGGUCGCCCGGACAGUUGAUCGCAAAGUGCGCAAUCCGAGCGGAAGAAAAUGUAGCACGAGCUGUCGCGGCCACCAUCGUUCCGAAAAAAGCCAGCAGCAGCUCUUUGCAGAAAAGAUGUGUCAGACGGGAAGAGAGUGUAGCUGUGUGUAGAACUGUACGGCUAUGGCGAGUUGCCGUCAAAAGGUGGCCUAACGGGCAGCAGCACCAGCAGCCCCAUUUUUCUCGCUAACCGAGCACGGACACGGACCCGUGGUCAGUGGAAGAACGAUACAUUGUGUGCUUGUGCCACACUCUAUGCAUUGGACAGUUUCCUCUUCUUGGUGCAGUCAUCAAGCCGCCGCUUCUGGUUGUUCCCGGAGCGAGGAAAAAACUCCAAAUACGGGUAAUGUCUACGGCUGCGGUGCAAAUCGUCGCUGUCGUCGCCACCUCCCUUCCCUAGUGUGGGGUGUGUGUGAUCCUCAUGUACGUAGCGUGCAGAAUGUAAAGUAUGUACCACCGCGUCCGUUGUGCAUGUUCGGUGACGGUGAUUUUCGUGUUUUUCACAGUGCGGUGUGAAAAGAGUGAAAAAUCGAGUGCAUGGAAAAAAUAGUGAGCAUGAAAGUACGAAAGGAAUAAAUUCAGGUGUGGUGGUGUGAGUGAAUGUGCGUGAGUGUGAGUGAGUGUGAGAGUAUAUAUAGCGUAUGUGUGUGUUGUGUGCGUGUGCAUGUGUGCAGUGUGAAGACGUCGCGGCGCUCUGAUAUCAGCAGCAACAGCAACAAGAGCAGAAGACGACGUAGGUCACAGACGUAGAAACGUCGAAAAGAAAAGGGCUAGAAGAAAAAGGUUUCCUCGAGCUAAUCGUGUCUGCGAAGCUACCAACACCACCGAGAGCCCCCUUACAGUACGUUCGUACAGACACAAACACACACACACACACACACACACUCACGUACGCAUACGCCGACACGCGAGUGUGUACGCAUACAGCCGCAGCGAAUCUAAGUAAGUGGCGGUCUCGCGGCUGUCAAGUACGUACGCGAUGAAUACUGUGUGUGCGGUGGUGUAGCAACGGAUGUGUGUGCGCGGGUGAACGGAUGAGGGGCGGCGAAGAGUGAUUUUCUGGCACGUCGGUUUCUUCUCGGAGCCGCCGGUGUGGCGUACGGUAAAAGGCAGCGCACCGCACCGGGGCAGCAGCUGCAGCUACUAAAGCAGAGAGAACCAGACACGAACAACGCACACGUACCCCGGCUGUAUUUCUUACCCACCGUGGAGCGAAAUGUGCUGAAGACUAAAAGGAAGAAGUAUUUUGCCAUCUUAGGGCAUAGCGCAGCGUCCGGAUGUAGCAGGCCCGGAGUGCUGUGCGCGUUGGAAAAUUCACACAGGAGGUAGAUUCCCGAAGCACGAGCUAGUGGCGUAUGUGUAUGUACAUUAAUAUAUAUAGCCGGUAUUUAUGUAAAGGCGAUCAUUAUACAUAUUCCCAUUCAGUGGAAAUAGUGCAGCGUGUGCAAAGUGUCUACGAAUUGGUAGUGCGUGCACAGAAAAAGAAAAGUAAAAACAAUAAUCCAUCCGGCUGUGUGUGGGUCCGUCUCGGGUCCAGUGGGGUUGAAAUCGAAGAAAUUGCUUCAGCAGUGCCCGACAUCAUCGUUGCUCGUUUGGUUCUGUGAUGUGAUUCGUAUAUUUAAGUGCAAAUCCGUGCGUGGAAAAGCUUGUGCUUGAUGGCAACCUUUUGCUUUGUUUCGUAUCUGAAUUUCCCAUCUAGGACGUGACGAGCGCGCGGGCAGGAUAGAAGAGACAUAUAAAACUACGUGUGUCCGUCAGUGAAGGCAGAGGGAGGCGGGGAAGUGUGUUAGCGACCGGUAACCACUAUCAUACAGAGCCCCCAUCAGCCGUAGCGCGGGGGAGGGGGUUUGUGGACGGUGUAGCAUUGCUUUGGUUUUUAGACGGUCCGGAGAGAAGGAAAGGGAGAGCAAGAAAGGCCGCAGUGAUACAUCUCCUGUUUAAGGGGUGGUGUGCGGUUCCCUAACGGGGGGCGGAAUACACUUCCGCCACCGGUCGGUUGUGGAAUCGUAGUCGGAAUCGUACGAUGGCUCCCUCGCCAGAACUUGGGCAGCCCAAGGCGCCCGACAAACCUGGCAGUGAGGUAGCAAAGCACGAGGGACAAUCGACUUCCGGCGAAACGACCGAUCGUACGUGCACCGCCAGCGGCAGCAGCAGCACUACCACCGCCACCCCCAUCGUCACCACACCAUCAGCUACCACCGUUGGAGGCGUUGGCAGUGAAGCAACUGUGAAUAAUCGUUCCGGCACGGCCGACACCACAGGCGCUUCAAUCAACAACAGCAAAGUAGGAACAACCAAUGCCAGCCCAUCCGGCGCUGCUGCUGCGGCAGUAGUACCGCCCGUCAUCACAACGAUGGCCAUGUCGGCUGCGACAACGACCACUACGACCACUCCGGCUACUGCGGUGAAGGUAUCAUCGUCAUCGUCAACCGCCCAAGCGCCGGCAACUGCUGCAGCAACCGCAUCCAGCAGCCACGCCAAAGGGACAGAAAGCAGCAAGAACCCAUCAUCUUCAGCUACCGCCGGUAACAACAAAGAUAACAGCAGCAGCAGUAGCAGCACCCAGCCGUCGUUCGCCCAGGAACCGCUCGCAACCAUGAAUGAAGAUGCAUUGAAAGCUUUGCUGGAUGAAGCGAUCACCUACAAGUGCCCGAAAGAUCGGGAGCACAAGAGCGCAACAUUUAACGAGUUGCUGAGUAAAACGGAGCGCGAAGACCAGGAGCAGAACUUUUCCUUCACCAGCCGGCCGGUGCACAGCAAACGGGCCUCCGCGCGCCCGACGCAGGGCGGCUCGCUGCAGGACAUUACGGAGGCGACCAAGCAGGAGUACGGCUACACCGAGUACUGCACCGGAUCGAGCCUCUCCCACAAACGGCAUGGCGGUGGGGGCCAUGGUGGGUCACGCAACAAGCGUCAAAUAUCGUCUGUUUCCUCGAGGCAGCGCGAGGGCGGCAGUCUGCCUAGUAACGUGAACGAAACGACCACACCGUCCUACAUCAGCGAGCAGCCGUUCCUGAACGAGGUGCGUCGCCCGCUCAAGUCGACGUCGGCGAAGUUUGCUGCCAAAAGCAAUGAUUACGGCGCGCUGCUGCAAUCGGCGCCACUGAAUCCGAUCGGUGCGAGUGAUUGGAGCGGCCUGGCCGGGGAGGAAUCUCAAUCGGGUGCGGCCGGUGGCGGUGAUGGUGGUACUGGUGGAUGCACGGGCGCCGGGCCCACGUCGGGCGGUGGAAUCGUUGGCUCGGGAACUGGUCCAGCAGCGCAUACUGUUAUCAAUAUGGGUGAACUGGACUCGGACGAGGGCCCAUCCGGUCAUCGCGGUUUCCGGGAUAUGUAUUCCGGACAUGCAAACAACGCACUGCAACAGUUGUGUAUGUUUGUGUCUCAGAACAAUCACUACGACUCGAGCGCGGACGAAAUCGAGAUGAUGGGAAUGGGUCCCUCGAACGGAACGUCUGCUACUGCCGGUGGUACGAGCGGCACCGGUGGCGCUGCCGGUAGUAGCAGUGGAAUGGGCGCCUCAACUAUUACCACCGGUUCAAGCCUCGCGUACGGCGGAGGCUCGAGCGCAGACACGUACGGGAAUGGGAAUGGUAACAGCAGCAACAGCAGCACGUCCAGCACCAGCAGUAGCAGCGGCGGAACGAACCUCGUUGGCUCGUCGGCCGGGGCUGGCGGCCUAUCGACGGCAAAGAAAACGUUCUGCUACCCGAAGCCACAGUACACGACCCAGGCAAGCCUGGAAAUUGGCCAGUCUUGCAGUGUGAACCGCCCAUCGUCGGUGCACCAUGUCGACAAAACCGUUUCGUUGCCAAUGCUAGAGGCAGUCCAGCUCGGUUCCACAUAUCCGGCAGUGAAGUGCAUGAUCGACAGCAGCAAGGUGGAUCAGUCCGCCAUCAAGUCGGUGCUUUCGUCAAGCAAUCAGUUCAUAUCCACCCCUAGAAGCAGUCUCACCUACCCGACAAUACAGCAAAAGUUCGACGAGAAUGCAAACUCCGUGUCCCAGUUUGGCGGUGGUGGCAGUGGCGGUGGUCUAGGAUCCUCUAGCAGUGGCAAUCAGAUGGGCAGCGGCGGUGGUAGUGGCAGCGGAACCGGUGGCAAAAAGCCUCGUAAACCCAAAUCCGACCGUAACACUGUGGUGGUAGUGCCGGAAAAUAUUGCCGGCUAUCGGGGCAAGUCCGACAUCGAGGCCCUGGUCAGCUACAUUGAAAACACGGACAACGAUAAGUCGCAGCAGCCACAGCACCAGCUAUCGCAGCAGCAGCAGCUGCAGUUGCAGCAGCAACAGCAGCAGCAACAGCAACAACAGCAGCAACAGUCAUCGCUGCAGCUGGCGAGAGGCGGUGCCAACUUGAACAGUGGAAGCGGAGCUGGCGGAAUGAAUGCAAAGCAUGCAAACGCCAAGCAGACCGGUGCCAGUACCACCAACAACAGCGUGGGCGGUGGUGGUGGCGUAGGAAGCGUCGACACCGGAGGCGAAGAGAAGUCGAAGCGCAAGAGCGAAAAGAAACGGGAACGUGCGGCCAAAAUGAAGAAAAGUAAUUCGCUCGAGGAGCUUAGCAGCUGCAGUAGGAAGAAGGUGGAGGAAGAAAACACUCGGCAAAACCACGUCGAAAAGGCUCGUGCGCAGGAAACGGAUCCGGCAGUAACGCUGCGCAACAGCAAAUCGAAAAAAUCUGCCCAAACCGCUGCCGCCAACACGAAUAGUAGCAAUGCUUCCGCUGCAUCGGCAACUAACUUGGCUGGCAAUAACAAGGACGGUGGUGGCGGUGGUGGUGGUUCCAGCGGUGGCGGCAAACGUUCGGAGCGUAGAUCUUGGGGAACGGAGGAGCUAAGUUUCUUCGGCAACGAUGCGUCUGCUGGUGCGGUACAGGAGGACGGCGCUCCCACGACUGCAUCAACGACCGUGGGUGGAAAGGGUAAAAAGGCCAAAGAUCACAAUGUAACGACUGCUGUACCGACUAGCAACAGUAAGAAUGCCAGCUCUGCCGCAACGAACGUAUCCGAUGGGCCGUCGGCAGUAAAUCAUAACAGUAAGAAGCGCGAUUCGCUACGAAUGUCGGUAGAAUCGUUAACCGCCCUCGGCGGCGGAAGCGUCGGCACCGGCGGAGAGGCGUCCGAUUUUCACGUUGUCACCAAAAAGAAAAAGACAAAAAAGAAGGCACAAAUGCUCGGCUCAGAAGAUGCGACCAAUGCUACCGUGGCAGCAUCGUCGUUGGUUAAUCGGCGGUACCAAGGCGCGUCGGCCCCGAUCCCUAGCGGAGGUGGUUAUGCUCGAAACGCAAGCAAUAGUGGCAACAGUGGCGGGAGCGGUGGCGGUGGUGGAGGUGGUGGUGGCGCUGGCGUUAGUGGUAACAGUGGUAGAUACCAUUCCGUCAGCAGUCAUUUCACCGCAGAUCGUGAGGUGUACAUGAACAACGAUGUAUCGCGACGAAAAUCGACUUCCUCUGUUCCACCGUCUGAAAAGUCUGACUCGAGCGAUGCCGACUCGGUUCACUCGUUGCCGAUCGAAACGAACGCGUCCCGCAAGCAGCAACAAAAGCCGCAGCAGCCGAAAGGUAAAGCCAAUCAACAGCAACAACAGCAGCACACUAGUCAACAGCGCCAGGGUACGGCAACGUCGCAGUCUUACGCCGAAAUUGCACGUAUCGCCAAUGUGGAGAAGGCAGGACUGGGCACCGGUGGUGCGAAUGGUGCUGGCGGUGCUGGUUUGUCCGCUGGCGCUGGAGAUGGUUUGGGCAAUCAUGCCGAAGGCAGCUCGAGCGCUGCUGCCAACGCGAACGUGAUUCAAGAUCUCAACUCAUCGGAAGCGUUCCCGCAACUAGUCGAAUCGCAGCAAUUCCAUCCGCAUCAUCACUCGCUGAUACCAUCGCAACCGGCGUCCGCUGCGUCAUCGGGCGGCCAGCAGCACCAUCCCCAUCUGCAAGCACUGUCGCAUGCCACGUGCAAUAAUAGCGGCGGAACUGUAAAUAGCAGCACUGGGAAUGGCAACAGCGCGGGUAGCAAUAGUAGCAACAGUAGUCAUACACUAGGAGCUAGUGCAACGACGCGGGCGACGUACUCGCAAAGUUUGCUCACGGCUGUGAACAACUCGAACGAUGAGACAAACAGACAUCAGCAGCAGCAGCAGCCCGCAUCCGUUGCUGCGACCGGUGCCACAUUUGGCAGUGGUAGCAGCGAACUGCAGCAGACCGGCGGAUCACACACCGCCAGCAGUGGACAUCCGUCAAAGACUGUGGCCGAUGGUACCAAAGCGUCACUACACAAGUCGAAAAGUGUCGAUAAUAAUGACAUCUACUACUCGAACGAACACUACCCGGCGCUGGAGAAAACGGUCAAGAGCUAUCAUCACGCGAGAGCGAACAACAGCGCGGAUCCGGUCACCGGCACGAGUGUAUCAGCAAAUGCGGGUUCCGCCAAUGUGGCCAAUGGCAAAAACGCACCAAAAGCAGCUGGUGCUGCUAUCGUUUCCGGCAGCAAUCCCGCGCCUGCUUCAAGCGCGUUGAGUUUCGGGCAGGUGGCCGCCGCUUCCAACGUUACUGGUACACAGACGUCGAGCUCCUCCAAUCCCUCGGCAACGGCAAAUCCGACAGCAUCGAAGAAGGGCAAAGCGAAAAAGGAUCUCAGUGGUAACGGGGCAAACACUGCUGCUGCACCACCACCGGCACAGCAACAGCAGCACGGCACGGAAGUGGAACAGUCGGCCGCCAGCAGUACCGAGUCGUGGAAUCAUGCUGCGAAUGCGAUGGUGAUUGACACUGAUUCACACUCCACCACGAUGUUACCGUUUGAUACGCGAAGUCCCAUGAACGGGGGACCGGGUGUCAAUACUAUCCACUUCAUCCAAACAUCGCCCCAACCACAGCAACAGCAGCAGUCGCAUGGGCCCGCCGAUGGUCCUUCGCCGGCGUCCCAGCAAACGUCUACGACUGGCAAGCGGAACAAAAAGGAUAAACAACAGCAGCUUCAAACUGCGUCUACUGCGGCUGGAAACAAGUCAACCGGUGGUGGCAGCAACUCGACUACAGCGCCGGGUACGGCAAGCAAUAGCAACAAUCAGCUAACCCGAAAUAAGAAUCGUCCAGCCGUGAUCAUCGUGAACGACAACGAGCCGAAAUCGAACGAAUUUACGUUCGGCUUCGAUAUCGACCAGGAGCUGCUGUUUGGUGAUUUCAGCGAGGAGGAUCGCAAGCUGCUCGAAGGAGGAGAUGGCGCCAACUGUCGCGAACCGCCGAAAAGCAAGGGCAAGCAGCAGCGCCGCAAUAGUGGCGGUACUGGUGGUACUGUGGCUGGUAGCGAACCGCCGGUUUCUUCGUCAUGCAGCAGCAACAGUACGGCAGUGCAAACGGCGGAUCCCGAUUACGGGUUGAUGCAGCAACACCAGCCGAAUGCCGCCCUGUCUCCGAUGGCCCCACUAGACAAUACGCGUAGCAGCAGCAAGACAUCACCGUCGUCCGGAUCGUCCUCCGUUUCGUCCUCGUCGGCGUCCCUGUCCUCGUCCACCACGUGCAAUAGUUACCAGCAACAAUCUGCGCAUCCGGUGGUACAAAUGGUGGCCGGCGAUCCGCUGGGUGACGUAAAUGAGGCCACACACGAUGGUGCCGUAACCGGCGCGAGCAUAUUCCAUCAGCCACCGCCGGUCGCUCCCUCGCUGCUGUUGCACCCGAUCUACACGCAACCGCCCCCGACCCUACCGCCGCCACAUCUCACCCCGGCGGUGCAAUCGGUGGCCGGUUCCGUCCGACCGCCCCCAAUACGGCAUCACGUGCAGCAGCCACAGCAGCAGCAGCAUCAACCGCCGCCGCCGCCGGCGCCGCUCCACCACCAACAGCACCAUCACAAUCAGUAUGCUCUUCCACCGCCCGUUAUGACACCGGUGACUGGUGGUGCUGUGCCGGGGGUUGCUGCUACCGUUGCUGUACCGGUGAAGGAUGCUAAUGGCAAUCCGGCUGCUGCUGCUGCCGCCCCGCCUGUAGUGGCGAUGCCGACCGGACAUCUUAUAACGGUUCCACCACCGCCGCUACCCUCAACGUUGGCGAUUGUGCCGACGGCUGCACCGUACGUGUUGUUGCCGGCAGCGCCCGCUCUUCCGCCCGUUGCUGUUACCGCUCCGCUGAUUGUUCCUGCAGCUGCUGCUGCCCCAGCGGCCGCCCUGAUCGUUCCGCAGCCGGCUGCUGUCAUCAAGGAGCUUGCCUCGCCGCCGACCGUGCAGAACGAUUUAAUCAACAACAAUGCCACAACACACCACCAACCACAGGCCGUGGCACCAGCCAUUGCAGUAACGAACAAUAAUAGUAUUGCUCAAAGUUACCAUCAGCAACAGCAGCAGCAACAGCAGCAGCAGCAGCAACAACAACAGCAACUGCCCAAGGUUCAAAUAAUGACGGUUGACACUGCCGCGCAGACACAUUCAACGGUGUCGCCAUCGCAACAGUCCUCUUCCUCGGUCGGCUCCGUCGAACCGACAACGAAGCCGGCGCAGCAACCGAUGGUGCGUGAGAAGAUGAAAGAGAUCAAUCUGCGUUUCAUUGCACCCGAGCAAGUGCACACGACCGAAUACAAUCACGAUAAGAUUGUGUUUUUCGUAGGAACAGCCUGGGAAGAUGCCAUUUGCGGUUCUACGAAGUACUACGAGGAUAAGUAAAAGCGCGCGCGGCUGUGUGGUAAAGAAGAGUUACACAAUAGGACGUGGUGGCAGUAUAAACACAACAAGAAGAAGUAAUGAACGUCGUGAGAAUUAGUCGUAUCAGUGUAUCAGUCACUAAGUCACAUAGUUUGUAGAUGAAAGGAGCAUAAAACAAACAAAACGCGCUUACUGUGAAACGUCUAGGUCAAACAAUAUGAUGAACCGAAGUCUAUGGUUUGCGAAAUCGACAAAUACAAAACAGAAGGGAAAAAACGUAAACAGAAAAUGCUUAGCAUUCGCAAAAGUAGGAACCAUUAGCCCCCGAUGCCGAUGAUUCAUUGAACAGGGUUCAGAGAGGAUGCACAACCAACCGAACCAAGAGUGUGCGAGUGUGCGCGCGCGCGCACGUUUGUGUGUGAGUGUUGUAUAGUAGUUAAGCGUAAAAAAGUAUAUCUAACAUAUAUAUGAUGCGUUUAAGAACGCUAAACAGCGAAACCAGUAUGCAUCUUCAACUAGGCGACGAAUCACACCGUUUAUGAACGCUCUGCUGCCCCGGACGGAUCAGUGUAUUUAGGUAUCGUUCGUUUUCUAUUCUUUAUUCAUUACACAACAUUUCUAAGUUGUUCACAAACAUGCACACCACUCGCACACAAACUUCGAACUGCACUUUAAAUCCUUUCAUCGCUGAUUGUAUCGAUGUCUCUUUCCUCCCAUUUAAAUGCCGCAUGCCCUAAGAUCUCUAUUUUAGCAGCAAAUGUUCAAGAGAGCGAUACACGAUGUUUGUUAUGCAAAACGUAACCUAUCCGUUCGUGCCAUUUCUACCGUCACUGUCGCUAAUAAACGAGUAGUUUCUACGUUUGAAAUUGUGCACUGGUGGUUCCAUUGCAUCAUUGCCAUAUGCGCAGCGCAGUAAGCAAUAAACCAAUAGUAAGCCGCCGCUAUCCUCAAACAGGAGCUUGAUCCCUUUUUUCGAUCCGUAUCGAACACAGUUGUUGCUUCAGGCAGAUUGCGCGACUGAAUGUAAAAUGUGCGUGUGCAUGUUCAGGAGAAAAUGUCGAUAUGUCAGGUCAGGAUGAGCUAUGACGCGCACCCCAUGUGAUGGGUUUUCCGUUGUUCCAUUCUUAAAUUUUCCUUCUUCGUUUCAUAUUGCAUUGGUCUAGGGAAAACUAGACCGAAACUCUCUACCUACUGUUGCAUCGACAGUAUCAUUAACGUUCACAGACAUUCGGCGUAUUGGAACGUAUGUAUGUGCGUUUGCGUGUAACGUUUGGGGGAGAAUAGUUUUCUUCCGUUGCGUUUACACAAGCUCCACCUAAACAUGGCACUACACUACACAGCGAUACAGUGAUGCAGGAGCAGCUUUAGCAGAGCGUUAGAACGGAAUGUGACAUAAAGCGGAAGAAGGUGUGUACCAUGUGUAAGAAUAGCGGAACCUUCACCCUUUCCUCCUUGUAAUAGCUGUUAAACACUUUAAUUUGUGGGGAAGCGGAAAAAUGAAAGAUUGUUAAACAAAAUAAAACCAGAAAAGAAAACAGCCGAAAGUCACUUAGGAUAGUUUAGCGUACGAUUGAAAACAAGCGAUAAUGAUGGUAGCAUGUGUUAAAAACAAGUAGGCAUGGUUUUGCAUCGAUUUGCGCAAUCGUGCUGGUGUGCUUGUACGUGUCUGUUGUGUGUUGUGCGGUGUGAAUGGGUGGUGAAUUGGAGGAGCACCAGCAGCAAUCGGAUGCUGAGACGUCUACUGAAUUUUAGCGCACUGCGUCCAGUGAUAAAGCGAAACAAGCUACUAUUCUACAAACAGCAAUCGGUUGUUGCUUGGCAAACAAAAGUAAAACGCUAGAUAUAAGAAGUGUCGUGUGCGUGUGUGUGUGUGUGUGUGUGUGCGCAUGAAAGAGAGCGAAAGAGACAGAGCGAACGGGUGACUUGGUCGGGAAGUGUGAAUGUGUGUGAGUGAUGUGCGUGUCUGUGUAAAAUAGUGCGUGCGAAUAAAUUAUUACUGAAACGAAAACGGAGGAAAAAAAACGGAAAAAGAAAGGUAACAUAACAACCAAUGUGAUUUUAGUAACUAAACGAGCGGUGAUGUAGAGAAGAGAGAAAAUACUGAAAAACGCUAUAAAAAAAGGGAAGCAGAAUCACGCGAAAGAAGGCAAACAUUAGUUAUGUUGUAUAACAUUAGAUGUAGAAAACAAGAACAAAUAAUAGUUAGUGGUGUAUUGCAGCAUACAGCACGUUCGGAGGAUGUUCACUGCAAAGGCCGGAGAUCGGGCCUGCCGGUUGCUAGGGAGAUGCUAUGCGGAUGUACUCCAGGUGUGUAGUAACGUGCGCGGCAGCGUGAUAAGUGUUAGGAAGAUCUUCUCGUAAUAAUACAGAAUCAUCAUCUUCCCGUGUGAAACAUUACAUGUGUGCACAUGUCCAGGAAGGAGCCAGUCGUGCGGUGUGUGGAAGCUGCAAACUGCAAAGCAAGAGCAACAGCGAAUGGUGAGAGAAAACAACAAAAAAUAAGUAGACCGUGACUGUGUGGAGAGUGGGGAUUGAGUUAACAAUCAUGGUUCGAUUUUGGUAGUGGAGAUCAGCAGCAUAAACACAAUCGUAAUUCAUACAAUGCCAGUGAAAUCACACACCACUCUCAUGGGCAGUGAAAGGGAGGAUGUUUGCAUGUUACUAGAAAUAAGAAAGAGAAAAAAGAUACGCGGUCACGGUGAUUCACACACCGAAGAAACUGUCCUUCACGUUCGGACGGCUCGGAACGUGUGACUAGGCGAGUCAACUCACCAAACACAGCAGCAUUACGGGGUUUAGGGGUAAAGGCUCGACUGCUAGAUUGUUGUCAUCAAACGUGGUGGUGGCACAGUCAGUGCAAUGGAGAGGGAAACACGAAAAGAGCAUGCCUUGCCGACAGUAUCGUGUUUUUUUUGUUCGUGUCUCUUCUUCUCACAAGCAAAAAGCCGCCAUGCCGGUAAAAGUAAUCGAUCUAAGGACUGCAAAAACACACACGGAUCAGAGCUACUGUAAUUAAGAGUUAUAUUAUAUAUAUAUACAUACAUAUAUACAUAUACUAUAUUUAAAGCCAAGGCAAUUCGUUACUGUCCGUUGGAAGGGAAGAGCAAGAGAUUGAAAGAAGAAUUGGAGAGCAGAAAAAGCGCAAACAUGCACAUGGUUUGUGCAAGAUAGAUGCAGCGUAUGCAAAAUCUGCGCGGCUGAAAGAAGAAACAUAAAAGUAUGCAAAAAAAGAAAACAAUCUGCUGGUGUGUGCUGAAAAGUAUGGAAAGGAAAGAGAAAGAGCUUUUGCGUAGGAAAAGUCAAUAGAAAGGCAAAAUGGUAAAAAAACAUGGAAGGCAGACGGACUAGCGAAAAAAAAAGCUUAAAAUGUAUAACUAUAGUCAUUAGGAAACUUAGGCAAAAAAGAAGAAAUCAAUGAAUUCUGCAAAAAAAAGUCAACGGGAAGAGCAAAAAAAAAAAAACGGAGCGGAUAGCGCUUCGUGUGGGAUUCGCAUUAUGUUGUGUUCGUUAAAAAAUAAGAGCUACCUUUAAAAAUAUCAAAGGGUGGAAAAAUGAUUUCCGAAAAAAAACAACAACAAAAACACACAAAUCCAGCCAAAAGCAGCAGAGGAAGAGCAAGCGUUGUGCAGCAAUCGUGGUUAGUAAACCCUCAUUGGGCAACAACGCACGGUGGAGACUGGUUAGUGGAAAAAGAUGGGGAAUGGAGAAAAGGAUGAACAACAACAAAUAACACAUACAAACAAAAUCGUGAGACACUCAUUGAGGAAACUGCCUUCACGAGUCACAGAGAAGAGGAAAUCAUGGGCAUGGAAAUGCGGGACACGCCGCAAAAGCCGAAUAACACGAACAAAAACAGACAGGCCGCAAAAAUAUGUCCACGGGGCAGUAACAAAACAAAAAAAAAAAACGAACACGCAAACAUACCCACACAUACGUUAGAUAGUUUCGGAAAAGAGAAAAUUUACAAAAAAAUGAGUACGUCAAAGAAGAAGCAAAAAAAAGAAAUAAUAAAUUAUGCUAGGAGCGCAAAACUGAAAAAAUAUAGAAGUAAACACAACAAAACACACAAACACAUACACAAUAAUGCAACAAAAGUGAAAAUGAGGAAUACAUAAAUGGAGGAAAAAAAAUCAAGCACACAAACAAAUCCCCAUUUACACACAACCUAGGAUGCACGAAGAAGAAGUGCAAAUGAAAAUGCAAUGGUGAAAAAAUAGAGAAGAAAUUAGUGGACUGUUAAGGAAACGCGCGAAGAUGAGAAAGUAGGAGGAGUGAAGGAGAAGGAGCAAGAAGAGCAUUGUGAACCCAAAGUUGGUAUGUGAGCAGAGAAUGAAAGAGAAACACUAAGAUAUGAGGGAGAGGAAAUGGAAGUUCUUUUUUUUUGUUGUUGUUGCUAAAAAUGGCAAAAACGCGCUAGUGUGUGCACGGGAGUAAAAGAAUGGUGGCAAAACAAACGAGGGUUAAAGAAAAUGAUGCGUAAUGAACGGUGGAGAUGGCAAGAAAAGGAAGUAUGGAAAGCGAAAGAGGAAAUAUAUUAGAAGUCAGCAGCAAAACAACCGCCCCCUUUUCCCGCCCCACCCCAUUUAUCGUAAUAGAAAUUGCAAUAGAUAACAACGCAAAGCAGGUACACAGGUAUCAACACACUUAAAUACGAACACAAGAACACAUACACACUUACAGCGAUACAAUACAAUUACAAUAGUUUUCACAGAACAAGCAGAAGAGAGAGAGAGAGAGAAAAAACAAACAAAUAAAAUACAAACACACUCACAGCUCGAAGUAACAAUAUAAUUUAGUAGUUAAGCUGACGUGUAUAAGAAACGGAAGUGGAAAGUGAAGAGAGCAAAUGGUGUGAAACCCUCCUUCCUGCUACUACCACUACCAACUACUGUGUUGCGCAUUUGCCCCAAGUACAGUUGCGUUUCCCAUUUCUGUUUAAAUCUAUAGUAUUUUAUCCUUCCUUUUCGAAAUUAAACUACCAAAUCUUAUA